AUGGACGUGGACGUGGACGUGGACGUGGACAUGGACGUGGACGUGGACGUGGACAUGGACGUGGACGUGGACAUGGACGUGGACGUGGACGUGGACGUGGACGUGGACGUGGACGUGGACGUGGACGUGGACGUGGACGUGGACGUGGACGUGGACGUGGACGUGGACGUGGACGUGGACGUGACUGGACGUGGACAUGGACGUGGACGUGGACGUGGACGUGGACGUGGACGUGGACGUGGACGUGGACGUGGACGUGGACAUGGACGUGGACGUGGACGUGGACGUGGACGUGGACGUGGACAUGGACGUGGACGUGGACUGGACGUGGACGUGGACGUGGACGUGGACGUGGACAUGGACGUGGACGUGGACGUGGACGUGGACAUGGACGUGGACGUGGACGUGGACGUGGACGUGGACGUGGACAUGGACGUGGACGUGGACGUGGACGUGGACAUGGACGUGACGUGGACGUGGACGUGGACGUGGACGUGGACGUGA